CGUACAUGCAAGUCAUUGUGUGUUGCAGCCAUGACUUAGAGGAUGAACAAGCAUCUCUAGACGGAGCUACAUUCAUCCUGCCGUUGCUGGGGCUCCUGCCGCUCGAUCGAGCAGUAAGAUCCCGCCGCCGAUCGCGGUUGCCCCACCCGCGCCGCUUUGUCUGCCACAGCUCUGCCCUCGUCCACAAUUCCAUCAUUCGCCGCCAUGACCCUGCGCACCUCCCACCACCACUCCUUCUGUGUGAAGACAGCGCAUUGCCACGAUGGAGAAGAUCACGGAUAAGAUCAACGCCCUGCCUGAUGGCGCCAACUACUUCUCGCUCGAGUUCUUCCCGCCCAAGACGGUCAUGGGCUUCGCCAACCUCCAGACCCGUCUCGAGCGCAUGUCCCAGGCCCUACGUCCGCUCUUCGUAACUGUCACUUGGGGCGCCGGCGGCUCCACAGCAGCAAAGUCCCUCGAGCUCGCCGAAUUAUGUCAGCGCCAAUUGGGCCUUACAACAUGUCUGCACUUGACAUGCACGAACAUGGACCGCGUCCUCGUCGACGAAGCCCUCGAACAGGCCAAGGUGCUCGGCAUCCGCAACAUCCUGGCCCUGCGUGGCGACGCGCCGCGGAGCGAGGAGUACAGAGACGAGGAUAGGGCGCCACAGCAGGACUCCAACAAGGACUUCACGUGGGCCAUUGACUUGGUCAAGUACAUCAGGAAGCAGUAUGGCGACUACUUCUGCGUUGGUGUCGCUGCCUAUCCAGAAGGGCACUCGGACGAGAGUCAUCCUGAGCAUCAAAAUCCGAGCUACGACAUCCCGCAUCUUGUGGAGAAGACGCAGGCUGGUGCAGACUUCAUCAUGACGCAGUUGUUCUACAAUGUGGACAAGUACGACAAGUUCGAGAGUAUGCUCAGGGAGCAUGAGAGUGGCGCGUUCAAGACAAUACCGAUCAUUCCGGGGUUGAUGCCGAUUCAGAGCUACUCAAUCCUGCGGCGGACGACGAAGCUGAGCCAUGCGAAUCUGCCGGCCGACCUUUUGGCGAGGCUGGACGCGGUGAAGGCCGAUGAUGAGCUGGUGAAGAAGGUCGGUGUCAAGAUUCUAAGCGAAAUGGUCGAGCACAUCAAGGCGCGGCCGGAUACUGUUAGACGAGGAUUUCACUUCUACACACUCAAUCUGGAGAAGGCAGUAUCGCAUAUCCUGGAAGACACACACCUGAUCGGGCAGAUCCCCGCGGACGAGGACGAGGACGCGAUUGAGACGACUCCAGCCAUCAAUCUGGAGCCACCAUAUGGCGUACCAUCAAACAAGCAAAGACGCCGACUGUCAUCUCUGAACUCGAGUCCACACAACAGAGUUAUCAUGGAACGAUUGUCAGCAUCGAAGUCUCAUCAGUCCUUCGAGACGUCCGACACAGAAGCCAGCAUCCCCCGUGGGCCUAUCAGCACACGCGCAAACACACUCGCCAUCUCAGAAGGUGAAGGCUCACUCGGACGUGAAGCAACAUGGGACGACUUUCCCAACGGGCGCUGGGGUGACGCGCGCUCGCCCGCCUUCGGAGAAAUUGACGGCUAUGGUCCUACCCUGCAUGUUUCCAACGCCUCAGCUCUCAAACUCUGGGGCCACCCCGUGACUCAAGACGACAUCUCCAACUUGUUCAAGCGCCAUGUCGAAGGCACUCUCGAAGCCCUGCCCUGGAGCGAACAGACACUGAGCGAGGAAACGAAAGCCAUCGCCCCCCAGCUCCUUGCCCUGAACGCAAAGGGCUGGUGGACAGUUGCCUCACAACCCGCCGUCAACGGCGUCCGCUCCACCGACCCCGUCUUCGGCUGGGGACCGAAGAACGGUUACGUGUUCCAAAAACCCUUUGUCGAAUUCUUCGUCCCCUCUGCCGCCUUCGCUCAGCUCAAGCCCCGUCUCGACGCCCACGAACAGAUUACAUACUUCGCUGGCAACGCAGCAGGCGACCUCGAAGCGAGCCAAGAGGAUGCAGUCAACCCAGUGACAUGGGGCACGUUUGCGGGCAAGGAGAUUGUCACGCCGACAAUUAUCGAGGCGGUUAGUUUUAAGAGUUGGAGGGACGAGGCGUUUAGCAUUUGGAAGGAGUGGCAGAGGAUUUAUCCGACGAAGAGUGCGACAGGGAAGCUGUUGAGGGAGACGAGGAAUGACGUCUGGUUGGUCAAUGUCAUCUGGGGAGAUUUUGUUGAGGGCAAUGGGUUGUGGGAGUUCUUGGGAGCAUAAAGCUAAACAGACCGAAGAUCUUGACGGACCGUGUAGCAUUAGCUAGCAGAUAAAGUUGAGUAAAG